UAAGAUAUACCUUAAUAUAUAUAUAACGUAUAUCUUAAUUCGUGGUGGACACUACAUCACAUCCAUGGCCCAUUCCGCAUAUUUUGUUGUAUCCGUCAUAAUGGUCUUACACACGUAUGACAUAUAACACUUUUGUUCACUAGUUCCAAUACGGGUGGGCCACUGACUGACUGAUCGUACUUGAGUUCUGAAUUAUCAUGAACCGAUAACAAUAAAAAAUAAUAUUUCGUCCUAAUAUUUAAAAUAUUUGGCGGGGUAUCAAAAUAUAUUUUUUUUUUUAUCACUGUUGAUAAAGCGUUGAUAAAUUUAGUGAUAAGUUAAUUUAAAGUUGUGCACUUGUGCGUAGACUAAAGACUUGUUCAUCUUCAUAGUCCAUAGACCACAGUUUAUAGAUUUAUAUUUCAGACUGUAGUCUGUUAUUUUGGGUUAUGGCUAGAAUAAAUUGUAAAAGCUAGGGAGAUAACUGUCAACUGAUUUAGUCUCAAUGAAAAAUCUAUUUUGAAAACUAUGUCAUUAGCACACCCAAAUACUUACGACAUUUCGCAUAACACUGUCGUCUUUCUUUAAUUUCCGCUAUUAAGUUAAAAUCUAUAGAAAUGUUUCAUAAAUUUCAAUCCACUUCAUUUUUGUUGUUCAGAACGGAUUUCAAAAUGUUAAAAUGUAAUGCUUCGUCGUUAGAUGGUAAAAUGAUGAACAAAGUUAUGGGCCUUAGUCGGAAAACCAAAAAGGUUUGGUAUAAACCAAAUGUUGGGGCAAAUCUUUCAUUUGAAGAGCUAAUGAAACAAACAACCAAAAACAAUGCUGGACGUCAGACUAGCAAGCGUUUAGCCGUUCUAAAUAAGUUAUUGAUGAAAAAUAUAACUGAUUUAAUGGCAACCGGUGAAAACUCUGAUAAACUCGUUGGAUAUGGUCUAGAAAUUUCAAAGGUUUGUAUUGCAGGGGAUUACAGAUCUGUUAAUGUAUAUUGGAUGGCUGGAAAAUCUGAAGACGAUUCCCUGUUAGAUAAAUUAUUGCAGAUGAUAAGCGGUCCACUGAGACAUGAAUUAUCUACGUUAAGAAUCAUGGGUGAAAUUCCAAAAAUACAGUUUAUUAAAGAUAAGACUUAUGCAAACAUAGCAGCAGUUGAUCGGUUAUUAAGUAAAGCGGAUUUUGGUGAAGAUUUUGUACCUACUUACAAUGUUUUACUAAACUAUCACCCUACAAUUUAUACCAAUAUUGAUCCAGAGAUCAAAGAAAAAAUUAAAGAAUUAGAGGACAAAGAAAAUCUAAAAAAUGAAAGUAACGAUGAGGUGGACAUUCCUGAAAUGAAGAUGGAUGUAAUGGGUCUUGAUCAUAGUGCAAUAAUGGCCAGAUUGAACAUGGCCAUCUUAAAGUCAAAAGCUGCUCACCGUCAACCUUCUGCUGUACAUAAUGUUAUGAAAAAUACUAUGACAGAAAAUACUGAAGAAACUCAGUAUUUGUCAUUCACUGAUUUUGUAAAAAAAAGGAAAAUUCAAGAAGCCAAAUCUUUAGGUAGAAGGAGGAGUAGGUCAAUUGAGAAAGAAAUGUAUGAUAAAGAUGCAUCAUCGUAUUAUGAAGAGGAAGAAGAUGAUAAAAUUGAUGAAUAUCCAUUUAAAAUUUAAACCAAUAUACCAAUAUUGUUUUAGUA